CAAACUAUUAGUUAAACCAUCUCUUGUGAAUAUACCUUCCAUGGAGGAAGGUGGGCUCCUAUUCUAUAUUCGAAUGCUGGCGGUGGCGUAUGAAAAAAACCCAAGAAAUUGCUAGAGAUCUCCGAGUUGUAGGAUGCGGUGACUUGGAUGUUGAAGGCCUGACAGAGUCCCUGUUUUCAAAUCACAAGGAUGAAUAUCCUGAAUAUGAGCAGGCAUCUCUCAGACAGUUAUAUAAAGUGAAGAUGGAAGAAUUGCGAGCUGAAAGCCAGAUUUCUGAUUCAUCUGGGACUGGGACAAUUGGACGUUCAAAGGGAGCUGCGGUAGCUUCUUCUCAGCAGCAAACAUCUGUCACUGUCGUAACAGAGUUUGUACGUUGGAAUGAAGAAGCAAUCUCAAGAUGCAAUCUCUUUUCCUCCCAGCCUGCUACACUGGCAUCCCAUGUAAAAGCAGCGUUUACUUGCCUGUUAGACCAAGUUAGUCAAUAUGUAGCAGAAGGUCUUGAACGGGCUAGAGAUGGACUGACUGAAGCAGCUAAUUUGAGGGAAAGAUUUGUGUUGGGUACAAGUGUUAGCCGUCGGGUAGCUGCUGCAGCUGCAUCUGCUGUAGUCAAAUAUUCCGCAAUUUGCAAAUUUGAAAUCGAUAUUCCAAGGUUUACGACACUCGCACGCAAUGUGCACCAACCACUUGCACUUGACUCUGGUGGUAGCUCAUAA